AUGAGUGAUACAAAUGAUAGAAAAAGACAACUUGAUUCAUCUAUAGAAUCAAUACCCAAAAAGCAAAAACCACUUGAAGAAUUAAGUAAAGAAGGCCCAUUAACACAAGCUGAUGUUGUAUAUUUCAAAAAAGAAGCCAUUUGGCGUCAAAUGAUUCAAUAUAAACAACAAGUAAUUAAAUUAAAAGGUGAAGUUAAAAAAUUAUCAAAAGAAUCUGAAUUUCUGAAAUAUAUAGUUAGUGUAUUAACAGCAUGGUAUGAUGAAAUUUUAUUAUUAUUUGAUUUAUCAUCUGGUAAAGAUGAAAAUAUUUUAGUAUCAUUUGAAGAAAAUGGUAAUAACAAAGUUGAAAUAAAAUUAAUUGAAUUAAAAAAUAAAUUAUCAAAAGCUAUAUCAAGUAAAAUUAAUGAAAAAUUAGAUUUUGAUUCAUUAAAAACAAUAAGUCAUUUAAAAAGUCAAAAUGAAAUACUAGCGAAUGAUAAAAAAUCAUUAUCUGAAAAGAUUGAAAUUUUACAAUCAGAAAUACUUGAUUUAAUAGAUAAAAAAGAAAGAAAUGAAUCUUUAACUUUAAAAAGAGUUGAUGAUAGUCGAAAAGAAAUUAAAGAAGAGUCAGAGGAGGUAAAAGUGAAAAAUGAAGAAGAUCAAAAGGAUCCAGCCAUAGAAACAAAUGGUACAUCACAAUCUAUAAAUACUGAAGAAUUAGAAAAAUUAAAUAAUGAAAUAGAUGAAUUAAAAUCAACUAAUGAAAUAUUAAAUAAACAAAUCACAGAAUUAUCUGAAUCAAAUCAAGAAUUAUCUAAAAAAGCUGAAAAUUUAGAUAAUAAAUUACAUAACCUACAAGAAUCAGAUUUACAAGAAAGUGUUAAUUAUAAAAAAAUUAUCAAAAAUAAUCAAUUAUUACAAGAUCAAAUUAGUAAAGUAAAUAAAUUAAAUUCAUUAAAUAUCAAUAAAUUAAAUGAAUUAGAAAAAAAUCAAAUUAAUAUAAAAAAUUUAAUUGAAAAAGAUAUAAAAGAAGAAAAUGAAAAAUUAAAACAACAAUUAAAUAAAAAUGAAGAAGAUUUAGUUAGAAUUAGAACAACAAGAGAUGAAUUAUUAAGUAAAAAUACUAUUUUAACAACUCAAAUAGAAGAUCAAAAGACAAAUCAAGCAUUAAUAGAAUUAAAUAAAACAUAUUCAAAAAGAAUAGAAGAAUUAGAAUCUAUAAAAUCAUCAACAACAACAACAACAACCACCGAAGAUCAAAUUAAUUUAUUACAAAAUGAAAUUAAAGAAUUAGAAUUAGCUUUUAAACAAACAAGAGAUUUAACAUUAAAAAAAUUAAAUUCAACAAUUGAUCAAGAUAAUGUUAUAAAAAAAUUAACAAUAGAAAAAACAAAAGCUGAUCAAAAAUAUUUUGCAUCAAUGAGAUUAAAAGAUUCAUUAACAAAUGAAAAUAAAAUUUUAAAACAACAAAUUUCCAAGACACAAGAUUUAAUUAAAAAUUUAAAUGAAUUAGAAAUUAAUUAUUUAAAUAAAAUUGAAGUUUUAAAUAAUCAAUUAAUUGAUUAUAAAAUUAUAAAAGAAAAUUCAAUACAAGAAAAUUUAAAUUUACAAGAUUCAAUAAAAAAUUUAAAUCAAUUAAAUCAAUCUUACAAAUCGGAAAUUAAAAGAAUUAAUGAAAAAAAUUCAAAUUUUCAAGAUGAAAUAAAUGAAUUAACCACAAUAAAAAAUAAACAAGAAAUUCAAAUAAAUCAAUUAAAUAAAAAAUUAACAACAACAGAAUCAACUUUAAUAAAAUAUAAAACAAAUAAUACUAAUCUGUUAUUACAAGAAGAUGAAGAACAAUUAGAAGCUUUAAGAUCUAUUGCAAAAUGUUCAGUUUGUACAAAAAAUUGGAAAGAUACUGCUAUAACUGUAUGUGGUCAUGUAUUUUGUUCAAAUUGUACUCAAGAAAGAUUAGCUGCAAGAUUAAGAAGAUGUCCAAGUUGUAAUAAAGGAUUUUCAAGUAAUGAUUUAUUGAAAAUUGUUUUAUAA